GCCGCCGCCACCGGAAGUGAGGAGCGGGGGUCAGAGUUGAGGCGAGUGGCGCGGCGCCGGCCCGGUGCGGGAGGGCAGGUCCGGCCCCGGGAUGAGCGGCGGCGACGGCGGCGGCGGUGGUGGCGGCACCAACGCCGAGUUUUACGAACAGCUCCGCCUGCAGCAGCUGCACGAACGGGGCGGGGGGCAGGUCGCGGGCGGCGGCACCUUCGUCGAUGUGGACGGAACCGAGUUCGAGUGGGACGAGGGGAGGAGAGCCUGGUUCCCCAAGAUAACUGAAGACUUUCUGGCAACUUAUCAUGCAAACUAUGGCUUCAUUGAAGAAACUUCUGCCAGUUCUGGAGGUGACAGCACUAACACCAAGACUGGAGUGGCAGAGAAGCCUUCGGGGGUCAGUACAUCUCAGAAAGAUGCUAAAGGAGAAAAGAGGAAAGCUGAUGCAGGCUGGAUUGACGUCGAAGAACAAAAGAACACAAGUGUGUAUGUCACUGGAUUACCUCCAGACAUCACACCUGAUGAAUUUGUGGAGCUUAUGUCAAAGUUUGGGAUCAUCAUACAACACCCUGAAACGGAAGAAUAUAAAAUUAAAUUGUACAAGGACAAAGAAGGAAACCUCAAGGGAGAUGGACUCUGCUCUUACCUAAAGAAAGAGUCCAUAGACCUUGCAGUCAAAUUUUUGGAUGAAACUGAAGUGAGGGGAUACAAGCUGCACGUAGAAGCUGCCAAGUUUGAAAUGAAAGGGGAGUUUGAUGCCAGCAAAAAGAAGAAGAAAAGCAGAGAUUAUAAGAAGAAAUUGCUCCUGCAAAAAAAGCAGCUGGAUUGGAGACCGGAGAAGAAAGCUGGCCAAUCGCGGUUACGAAGUGAAAGAGUUGUGAUUCUUAAGAAAAUGUUUCAUCCAAAGGAUUUUGAGGAUGAUCCAAUGGUUUUGAAUGAGAUCCGAGAAGACCUUAGGCUUGAGUGUGAAAAAUUUGGUCAAGUCAAGAAACUACUUUUAUUUGAUAGACACCCCGAUGGAGUGGCCUCUGUGGCAUUUAAAGAGCCCGAACAAGCUGAUCAGUGUAAGCUGGUCCUUAACGGAAGGUGGUUUGGUGGGCGCCAGAUCACUGCUGAGACUUGGGACGGCGUCAUGGAUUACCAGAUUGAAGAGACUGUAAAGGAAAGAGAGAAUCGACUAAAAACCUGGGAGUCAUUUUUGGAAGAUGAAUCGUCUGCAGUUAAGUCUGAUGUCCAGAGGCCAGCGCAGGCACCUGCGGUAUUGUCUACUCCCCAGGAGGACAGAGCGGCUUCAGGAGACGCAUCAGUAGACUGUUCGGCACCCUUACAGGACACUGGUGCACCGUCAGUGGACUGUUCGGCUCCUUCAGAGAACAGUAAGCAACAAGAUGUGAGUACUUCUGAGGCUGAAGUGGAAGAGGCAGAAGAAAGUUGUGACGAGGAAAAUUUAUCAACGGACAGCAGCAUUGAUGAAAGCGAUGAUGCAGAAGAGCCAUGAAUAUGCAAAAGGAUUUUGCUCUGUGGCUGCUUAAAUCAUUUCUUUUCUGGGAGAUUAUGAAAAAUGAGGUCCCAUUGCUCCAAACAUACAGUAAUAACGGGCCAUAAAAAUCCACUAGUCCAUUCAGCCCGCUUCACGUCGUGAUGUCUUGCAGAGGACAAAAUAUACAUCCCAUCGCAAAGUCUUCUGAGAAAGCAAAACAAGGAACACAUUUAAAACUCAGGCUGGUUUAAGAGCGCUUUGGGCUGGAGGGUUGGGAAUGGAGAAAGGGGACUGCUUAAUUAAAGUGAGAAUGACCGUUGUUUCUACCCUGGGUAUGAGCAAGGUAGAAUGUAGAAAAGAUUUCUGAGGGGAUAUUUUGCGAUGCAGUUGUAUCUACAGCAGAUGCACAUUUCAGGUAAUUUCCUGCCAAGGUUCUGUCUGUUAAUAUUCUCUUUAAUGUAAAUGAAUUACCAAGAGAAUUUUCUUCCCUGUUUUAACAGCAUGCUUUCUUUUAACAAGCUUCUUGAAACAAACUGGGUAAGCAACUGACUGCACAGAGCAGAAUCAGUUCUAACAGCAGCAGACUGCUCCUUUGGUCGCUCAUUGGUCAGAUCUACAAUCAGUAUCUGAAAAAAACCUUGUCCAGUUCUUGAUUUGAAUAUAGCUCCGUACACGUUAAUACUUUUAAGUAUACAUCUGUACAUGUGUGUUGAAUCACUGAAAUCAAAACAUUAUUAAGGUCCAGGUUUUUGUUGACUUCCUUGGAAAUUGCUGAUAUCUGCCUACUAGAGGGAAGUCAACUUGAACCACCUGAAAGAUGUGCCGGAAUAAAUUGGUUGUAUUAAGUCUUGUUCUAAUAAAUGUCUCCAUGUUCUCAUUAACAAAAUGGGUUUUGAAAGAAAAAUAAUCACUGGUCCAUGCAGCUGAAUUCAUCCGAUAUUCCUGUUUGUUUGAGUGAUUAAAUAUUUUGGAAUAGUUUCCUACAGCUCCUGUGAAUCUUGUAAGUGUUGCAUAUUUUCAUAUGAACAUUUUUAUUUCAUUCUGAUUUUUAAAUUUCCACUCCAUGUUUUGUUCUGCAGUGUAUUUUCAUUUGCCUGUGGUUUAAUUCAAAGCAGUCUUCACAGACUACUCUUCUUGCAUCAGGCUUUCGUGAUGUGCUGUUGGGGACGUCAGUGUUUUACUUUAACUCUGGUAUUAUUUGAGGUGAUAGUUGGAAGCAUUUUUCGUGUGCUUGUUUCCACCCAGUCUCUCUAAAUUUGUUCAGAGCUUCAAAAAUGUUACUGUGUGAAGAAGUUUGAAAUGUUUUGAUACAAAAGGCAAUUUUAAAAAGUAGUGAUUGUGAGGAACUGAAAACUUUUGGAAAUAAAAUAUUGGCGGUCAGUUCCAAAUCAAUUAUUGGUGAUCUUUUGAUUUGCUAAGUGAAAAAUAAGCAUUAGAUAUUCUGGUACAUUUUCAGUGUAUUUUAAUCUAGUCUCUUGACAGAUCAUUAAAAUUCUGGAAUGAUUGCA